AUGGCGCCGAUGGCAUUGAGCCAGUUCUUGCAGCGACGAGUCCCCCCUAACUCGCAUCCGAGGUAUAGCGCCGGGCACCCAGGCAUGACCGAGAAGGAAUGGGCGACGCGACAACAAAAAUUUGCGAUCAGGUCGUGGACGGUCUGCACCUCGCUUAACCAAUUCUUCGAAGAACCUCUCGCAGCUGCGGAUGUCAAUCGUCUCACCAAACAAGUUGACUACGAAGAUCAUCAACAAUGGUGUAUUUCAGAGGGGAUGGUGGAGAUAAGUUUCGCGGAAAACAUCGUUGCGCCGCUCAAGAACGCUUUCCACGAUUCUCCCUUUGUACAUUUCGCAAAUAAGCACCCUCAUUCCGGCCCUCCGCCUGAAGGCGCUAGGAACAACGGGGUUAUUGAUUGGCUCUUCAGAACGAUAGGCUCAGAUGCGACCAAUCCGACGCGUUGGCUCUGUAUUGGCGAUAUGAAAGGACCGCGAAUAAUCAAUAAUCGACAAUGGGCCGGCGGAGAUUUCAAUACCUUGACUGGCCCUACUGUCCAUCUUAUGCAGGAGCUGAAGGGUUAUGCUUUUCAUUACCGUGUACCUCGGGUCUUCUGCUACGAUGCUGAUCAUCUUGUUCUCAUACGCUGGAAGAGCCUCGACCUCAACGAAGCGCCGAACGUAGUAGUCAUAGCGGUAGGAGGCAGCAAUGGCAUGCAAGUUCGUGAAGCCAUGUAUCGCAUGGUGUGCGACGGCCUCAACCACGAGAUACGUGGACCACGAAUUUGCGAUUGA